GCAGAACAGGAAUUUAAAGAAUUAUUCGUUUUUGCAUAUUGCGAGAGACGGUAUUGUUCAGGGACGAGGUUGGGUAUUGUUUUGCUCAGUGGUCUAUUUUAAAAUAACACUUUACGUCGAGAGAGACGCGACAGUGUUGGCAUAUCGUGAAGUAAAUAUUCUUAUCUCUUUCAAGAUGAUGGAUGGAAUAAAAGAAUACAUCUUACCUAAGAGUUUUAGCAUCUUAUCCUACAUAUGUGUGGUCAUCCAUUUUCACUGUGGAGUGAUAUUUACAGCAAUUACCACGGCUCUGAGACUCAGCGAGAUGGAAAAGUUCAGUUGUGCUGUUGACACAAAACAUGCAACACACAAAAAUUAUGUGGAAAAAACGUGUUUUUCAAUCUACGACGACGAGUACAACUCUCCCGUGAAAUUCUCUGCCUUCAUUCUGUUCAAUUUUGGUUCUGUUGUUGUUUUGAGUGUCGUUUAUUCGCUUGCUGUUGGCAAUCGUAUCAAACAAGCAGAAAGACUCUCAAGUGGAAGUGAUGAACCUCAAACAGUCGCCAAGAAAGGAAACAAUGAACAAGAUGCCUCGAAUUUUCGAUCAUUUCAAGGAGGUGAAGAAACUGACCCAGAUUGUUUACUUAAUUUAACCAUCGACAACAAUGCGAGUGACCACAAAUUUACAACUUCGGAAGAGCGUUCGUUUCUUCUUGACUUGUACGAUUCAACGGGCGGUCCUUUCCACUGGCAUAAGAAAACAGGCUGGGGAAAAAACAGCAGUUUGCAUCAUUGCGAAUGGUAUGGUAUUCGUUGCUAUAACAGCAGCAACUAUGUCAAAUGGAUCGAUCUUUCUAGAAAUGGCCUCACAGGACCCUUGCCAAAUUUGUGGAGGUUUCGAAAUCUACAGGGAAUAUGUUUGUCUGGUAACAAGGGAAUGACAGGAAGGAUAUCCGACGUGGUUUCCAGUAAUAUGACUCGACUUCGUCAGCUCUGUAUCUCCUUUUCGGGAAUAUAUGGCGAAAUACCAUGGAACCUGCUGUUGCAGUUGUACAACCUUGAGAAACUACAGCUUUGUUGUAUGAAUCAAACCAUGUUAUACGGCACCAUCCCGUCCGAUAUAGAUCGUCUGCGGAAACUGCGAGUGUUGAGCCUUGGCGAAAACAACAUCGAAGGGGACUUGCCUUUGAGCAUCAAAAAUCUGACAAAACUGUGGUUUUUGGACUUGGAAUACGCAAGGCUGAAUUCGGGUAGAUUGUGGUAUUUUUCAAACAUGACCAACUUAAUAUCUUUACAUCUGACGAAUUGUGAGCUGGAAGGAACAAUUCCAGCUGAUUUUGGGAAAACUAACCCAAACAUGAUGGAUCUUCGGCUUAAUAACAACAAACUUGAAGGUGUAAUAUCGGAAUGUUUUGACGGUUUUAAAAAGAUCAAGCAACUUGUCCUAGUUACAGGUCUUAUAUCUUGA